CGAAGGAAAGAGAUAUCGGUCAUCUUAGAUUUGAGGCCUGUGAUAUUUGAUAAUGCUAGCAACCCUAAGAUGUCGAGCUCUUUCUUUUUCUCCUUUCCUGUCAUCAUGGAAGCUGGGCUUUUCAGGGUUCCACCGCUCCUUGUUGUCGUCCUCAUCGGGGAACCAUCUAGGGUCUUUAGACCUCCAAGAGGUCGAGAAAGUUCUCAUCGACGUGAAGGCAGACGACAUUAAGAUCAUUCCCGUUCGAAACCAGUGCGAAUGGACUGAUUUCAUGGUGAUCGCCACCGGUAGAUCGACCUGGCACGUCAGGAACAUCGCUGAAGCCCUCGUUUAUAAGGUGAAGCAGAAGCAGAAAGGGGCUCAGCGGUUGUUGUUACCCAGCGUUCAAGGGCAUGAAGGAGGGAAAUGGAUUGUGGUCGAUUCUGGUACGGUGAUUGUUCACGCCCUUGACGAGAAAGCGAGAGCUUACUACAAUUUGGAAAGCCUGUGGACCACGGAAAUGUCUCCCUCUGGACCUAACCAGGAUUUGGAAAAGGCCUUCGUGAAGACUCGUCCCAAGAAUAACUCAAAGAAACCAGCGCAAAAAAGUGCUUGACACAGCUUAAAAACCAACAUUUCUAUGCAUACAGUGAAGAGCACUAUCUUAUAAUCUCAAGUAAUGCUUUUGUAGAGUUCUGUUGAAACGCAAUGCGGAAGAUGCUGCUACUAAUCCCUCGGUAGAGCAGUGUUUCUUAAUGUGUGUUGCCUUCAUCACCUCUUCUGGCAAUGUGGUGAGGCUUAACAUUUUCCUUGUAAUCUUAAGUAGAUAAAUGUUUACUUUGACAUAAUUUUGUAAUGUUCUAUUGAAAUUUGCCUUUGAAUUUGCUGCUAUUUGGGAUUA